GCAUCAUCAACUGCCUCCUUUAAGCAAAGCAACAAGAACAACCAGCGGAACUGUUCUAUUUGGCGGGCAUCAUCACCCAUUUGUCUCAUUAUAAGGCGCUCACAGACCGUCUGGCUUCCACUAUUCGAUCAAUUAGCAACAAUUUAACAUUGAAACUACGUCACAAUGAGCACGAGUCUCCGGCCGUAUCUUCAAUGCGUCCGCUCCUCACUUUCGGCAGCGUUAGCUAUCUCCAAUUUCGCUAGUCAAACUUCGGAACGGCACAAUGUGCCUGAGAUCGAGGCAGCAAGCUCUCCUGAGCUCCUGCUCAACCCAUUGGUCAUAUCUCGGAACUAUGACGAACGGACUUUCAUCGAACCUUCGGUCAACUCUGUGCGCGUAUCUCUCAAAGUUAAACAAGCCGACGAGAUUGAACAUAUUCUAGUCCAUAAAUUUGCGAGGUUCUUAACGCAGCGCGCAGAUGCGUUCCUGAUUCUCCGGAGGAAGCCGGUGGAGGGCUAUGAUAUCUCGUUCUUGAUCACGAACUUCCACACAGAGGCUAUGCUGAAGCACAAGAUUGUUGAUUUCGUGAUUGAGUUCAUGGAGGAGGUGGACAAGGAAAUCUCGGAAAUGAAGCUCUUCUUGAACGCCCGUGCUCGUUUUGUGGCCGAAUCGUUCUUGACACCGUUCGACUAAAUAUAUGCUUUGGUGCCACUACUACUUUCUCAAAUGAAUAAGGUUUCCUUUCCCAGGAGCAAUCAUUGUACAGGCGAUCUGGGCUGGUGCUGGGAAAUCGCUAUGCUUCUUCCAUGCUUGUUCCUUUUACAAAUCUUCAGGUGUAAUCCCAUCCUUGAAUCGUGC